AUGACCCACCCGCACCUCCCACCACCAAUAGCCAACCUCUCAGUGUGGCAGCGCACCGUGCGCUCGCACCCGCUCUUGAACGCAGGUGCGAGCGACCCGCUGCCGGCGACGGCGGACGUUGUGAUCGUCGGCGGCGGCAUCUGCGGCGCCGUGCUGGCCCACUCGCUCGUCAACGGCCCCGACAAGCCGCGCGUCGUGCUCCUCGAGGCACGCGAGCUGGCCUCCGGUGCAAGCGGGCGCAACGCCGGCCAUUGUCGCCCGGACGCCGCGCGCGGGUUCACCAAGUUUGCCGCGCUGCACGGCGCCCAGGAGGCGCGCCACAUCCUCGAGUCGGAGGCCGACGUGCUUGCGCGCGCCGACGCGUUUAUCAAGCACUACGGCGUAGACUGCGAGUGGACCCUGCGCAAGACGUACGACGCGUGCUUGACGCCCGAGUUCAAGCGGCACACGGAGAUCGCGGCGCAGGGGCUACGCAAUGCCGGGGGCACGCCAGCGAUGCAAGCGCUCGAAGGCGCCACUGCCGCAGCUGAGACGCGCACGCCCGCGCCCGCAGCGUUCAAGUGGGACGCGGCGACGGUCAACCCCGCCAAGCUCACGUUGGGCGUGCACCAGAUCGCGCUCGACGAAUCGGGCGGCCGCUACGCCGUGUUCGCCUGGACGCCGGUGCGCUCCGUCACCGGGUCCGAAGGGGCGUGGAGCGUCAACACACCGCGCGGGGCCAUCACGGCGCCGAAAGUCGUUUUCGCGACAAACGGGUACACGGGUGCGGUGUUGCCUGAGCUCGCGGGGCUCGUGACGCCCAUUCGCGCGCAGGCACACAAGCUCUCUCCUGCGCCGGCUGGCGCAGCGGCCUUCCCGCCACUGCAGGCGAGCUACUCUCUGCGGUAUAGCCCGGAAGUGUUCUACUCCGUCGCGCCUCGGCCAGACGGCAGCGUCGUCCUCGGCGCGUCGCGGAUAGGCGACGGGCCGGACGUGGCCGCCACGACAGAGGACACGGUCGACGACGCAGGCUGGCACCCGACAAUUGCCGUGCGCGCGCUCGCCACGUUCCCCCAGAUUUUCGCGGCUGGGGGCUGGGCGGCGCCGUCUACCGCCGAGCUUGAGGCCGCGUCCGAGGCUGCGAGCCGCGGGUCCGUCGGGAGCGACACGCCGCUCGACGGCCUCGGCGGCCGCGGGUUCGAGUACGCCUGGACCGGCACGAUUGCCGUCACGCCCGACGCGGUGCCGUUCGUCGGCGGCGUGCCGGGCAAGCCGGGGCAGUUCGCCGCGCUCGGCUACAACGGCCACGGGAUGGCGCGCAUCUUCCUCUGCGCGCCGGUGCUGGCGACAUAUAUGCGUACGGGGGAGUGGGACCCCGCCAUGCCCCGCAGCUUUAGGUUGACGCCCGAGCGGGUCGCGCGGCUGCGUGCGCCGGCGGCGGCGGAGACGGCACGGUUGUAA